UUCGUUGAUUCUGCUUUGUGACCUGUUCUUCCUGUCCUAACCUGUCUCUCUUUGUUUGUGGCGACAUUGUCGUCUUUAAAAUCCAAACAAAAAAACCGCAGUGUUUGAAUAGAAGGGAACUGUGUGGUUUUAUUCAGAUUUUACUACCGGAGGGGAAGCAGUGUGGUCACGGCACCUGUCCUCUGUCUUUCUUUGUUGUUUUGUCUUAAUACUGUUCUGCUAUGUUGUUUAUUUAGUCCUUAACUCAUCUUAUAAUUCAUUUCAUGUUAUUUAUAAAGCACCAAACCACAACUAGCAAACUGCAGAAGUGAUGCUAGGUCACUUUUCAUAGGGAGCAUGUUAAUGUGGUGCAGGGGUGUCCUAAGUGUUUCGUAUCGGCCAGGGGUAUAUUCUCCAAUGACUAGUUUAGUCCAAACAGUAUAAAAUCCUCAACUCGAAUUUUCUGGGAAACGUACUGUGGUAGUUUUAUAGCUUGUCGAUCAGAGUCUGUGAUUGGACGAGAGCGGUCAGAUGGCUGGCUCAGCGGUUGUUAGCAGUCGAGACCGACCAGCAUCCAGGGCCAGCUUCAUCACUGAGAUACAGGGCAUGAUGUUUGCUCUGGGAGAUGCCCGUAGACCCUUGCAUGAAACAGCAGCCCUGGUGGAGGACAUUGUCCAUACACAGCUCAUCACCAUGCUCCAUCAGGCCAGCGAGGGGGCGACGCUACGUGGGUCAAGAGUCAUCGCAGUGGAGGACAUCCUGUUCCUGAUGAGGAGAGACAAGAGAAAGGUGUCCCGGCUAUUGAAGUACCUCCAGUUCAGAGAUUACAAAUCCAAACUUCUUAAGACGCUGGAGGACGACGACACACAGCAGGACGCAGGCUCUGUCGCCGGGGGCAACCAGCGGAGGCAGCGCUUGGCGCAGGACUACCUGGUGUGGCUGGACCACACGGGCGAGCUUCUGUCGCUGACUGACAGACAGGAAAUGGACCCCGUCAAACAAGAGAGGCUGGAGCGUAUAGAGCGGAACACUCGAGCAAUGGACCAGGCGCAGUACUCUGAAUUCUGUGAGAGUCGACAGCUCAGCUUUGCCAAGAAAGCGUCCAAGUUUCGGGACUGGCUGGACUGCAGCAGCCUGGAGCUGAAACCAAACAGUGUUGCCAUGGAGAUCCUGGCCUACCUGGCCUAUGAGACCGUCGCUCAGAUUGUGGACCUGUCUCUGCUGGUGAAGCAGGAAAUGGUGGCAAAGACCAAUCCUGUCAGUCAUGUGAUCUCUGCCAGCCACAUCCACUACAACACACACACCGAGGUCAAGAAGGAAACAGACUCCCCUGAAGCCACACCCCCCUCCACUCCAGGCUCCUCCCACUCUUCCAAGCCCCUCCUCCAAGGUAAUGGCAGUCUGGAUGGUCGAGCACGGCAGCGGAAACGCAAGAAGAGCUGCCCGGCCUCAGUGGAACCUCCCAGCGGAGCCAUCCAGCCUUGUCACAUUCGAGAGGCCAUCAGAAGAUACCACUACAGACACACGAGUGCCUACAGGAGGAGUGGGAUGGUCUUCCUCGUCUGCUGAUGCUUCGACUGAAGACUCACUUCCACUCAUUGGAGUUAAGAGUUAGUUAGUUCUUACAACAGGUAGCAUUGCUCAAAUAAACUUCAUUGGUCACUAACACGGAGACAUUGUCAUUAACUGGGUACUUCAGAGCGCUGUUAGCUUUGGCAUCUCUCGCCAUGACUAUCUUUCCGAAUCGACUUCUCACUCUCGCUCCAUCUGACGCCCCACGUCUUCCCGCAACACCUAAAAAACAAACAUGGUUGAUUCGAAUUGCUUUCUUUU